AUGAGCUGGGGAUUCCUGCGUCAUCUGCUGAGUGGAGUUAAUAAAUAUUCAACAGGAAUUGGAAGAAUCUGGGUAGCAGUUGUGUUCAUAUUCCGUUUACUGGUUUAUGUUGUGGCAGCAGAAAACAUCUGGAAAUAUGAACACGAUGAAUUUGAAUGCAAUAUCCAGCAGCCCGGUUGUGAAAAUGUCUGCUUUGACCAUUUUUUCCCCGUCUCCCACAUCAGACUUUGGGCUUUGCAAUUAAUCGUGGUCUCCACUCCUUCGCUCUUGGUUGUUUUUCACGUCGCUUACCGAGAGAACAGAGAGAAACGCCACAACCAGAAACUUUAUAAAAGUCCCAGAGAGAUAGAUGGUGGGUUGCUGUGCACUUACCUUAUCAGCCUUAUUUUAAAAACAGGAUUUGAAAUAGUUUUUCUUGUUCUGUUUUAUAAAUUGUACAAUGGAUUCAAAGUACCUCAUCUUGUGAAAUGUGAUGUAAGACCGUGUCCCAAUACCGUAGACUGCUAUAUUUCUAAACCCACUGAGAAGAUGAUUUUCCUUUAUUUUCUGGUGGCAACUUCGUGCCUGUGUGUUGUAUUAAAUCUCAGUGAACUGAGUUACCUCAUUUUCAAAUACUCCAUGAAAUGUUAUCUGAAGAAGUACACCAAGAAAUAUCAAGGCUCAGAAAGCGACUGCCACAAAUCAGAAAUCAUUGUCAGCAAGAGGCAGAAGAGCGCGGAGGGAGCCUAUGCCAUCGAUAGAGCGCAACCACCGAGUUUAUCUGUAAGAUCACAAUCUCACUUCCCUUUCAGAAAGUGCCUUGUUUAUUCAGUUUUUAACGGUAUGGCAUAA